GAGGACAGAGAGAGCAGAUUGGAGCAGCGGAAGUCCCAGGCAGACGUUUUGAGAUUUUAACUUAAUUGUUUCACAUGAGGAGAUGGAUGAUGCUGCUGUAGAAGAUGGGAUCAGGAGGGAGAUCCAGGACCCUUCCUCAAUCACACCUGCCAGCGAGGUCAUGUCCCCAUCCGCCGCUGAGCCGUCUGCCCCUCGUUCCGCCCCUGUGAUGCUGUCGAACAAGCCUGCCAGUGAGGUCGUGGCCCCAGCCGCUGCCGAGACGUUUGCCACGCCGUUUAGAAGGAACAAGCCGGUGCCGAGGACUCCAUCCCUCGGCUGCAAGAACUGUGAGGUACUCUUCGCUGAGGUGAAGGUGGUGAGGCAGCUGCUGGAUGUCAAAGUGGCCGCGAAUGAUGAACUUAAAAAGUUGCACUCAUCGAUGCGUCGAGAAACUGCUGCGAGGUCCAACAGGCACAAGCCAUUUUCACUAUCGAAUGCGCCUCCAUAUGUCAAACUGGUGGAGGGGUUCAAGGAGCACACGGAAGGAAGGCAUCCCACGCAGAACACCAGGCGGAAUGCCAGACAGCGAGCUAGCCACGUCCUUUACUUCCUGAGGUUUAUGUCAGAGCCAGCUCUUCCUGAUUUGAACCUUCUCUUCUUGAAGGACCACGGUCGGAUCAGAAAAUUUACAGACCAUCUGAUAGACAAAAACUUGAAACCGAUGACAAUAAGAAGCUACCUGACAGAUGCUGCUGCAUUUGUGAGGUACAUUUGCAGUAUGGCGCCAGGAGGGGUGAAAAUAGGUAGGAAAAGCCUCAGUGCGCUGCUAGUGGAACUCCGGGUCAGGAAGAGCGAGGUGUCGAGAUCGGUACAACAGCUACACCUGUCUCAGCCCUGCAGGAAGUCCAGUAAGAUCACAUCCCCCCACCUCUAG